AAAAAGUUUGAGUUAUUGUGAUAAGAAAAUAAUAAAGAAAAUAACUGACCUUAGCUGGUUUGGAAUAGCUGGUUUUAUAUUUUUUAAUUUUUUAAAUGUAUGGGUUUUAUACAAUUUUAUCACAUACACAACUUACCCACGCCAACAGAGACAAAAUGGUAACCGAAUUGCGAGAGAAUCGGCAAGUUUCUUGGUCUGGCUUAAUGCAGGAAUCUUUUUGAAUUAUUUUACAUUGUUUUUAAAAAUUUUUGAAGGCAAAUGCUGCUUAAACAGGAGAAUAUUCUUUUAAACAGGAGUAUGGGAGGUAUGUUCAAAACCGGGAGUCUCCACUUAAAACGGGAGGGUUGGAACAUAUUUCGUAGAACGAAAACUUUUCGGCUAAAAUAAACACUAGCUUAUGUUAGUGUAUUUCAAUUUACAUUGAGACAUGAUCCGAUUCUGAAUUUUACACAAACUCAAAUUGUCCUUUCAAAAACUUUGAAGCUUAUGGUAUUACUACUGCAUAACACAUUAUGUUUUUAUGUUAUAUAUUUUAGGUUGUAGUAAUAUUUAAAGUUUAAACUAGCUGGCUGUGUAGCUAAAAAGAAAUUAAUCUCAAUAUCCUAACUGAGCUGUGAUGUCAAAAGGUACGACAAUCAAAGAUGCCCUUGCAAAAUGGGAAACUGAAAAUGGAUGUAAAGCUUCAGAGGCAGACAGAGUAAAAUUAUAUGCUCAGUACCCAUCAAUAGAAAAAAUGGAUGCAUCAUUAUCAACUUUAUCGGCAUGCACUAUGCUAUCACUCUCAACAAACUGUAUUGAAAAGAUUGCUAACUUAAAUGGUUUAAAAAACUUAAAGAUACUAAGUCUCGGUAGGAAUGCUAUUAAAAAUCUUAAUGGCUUGGAGGCUGUAGCGGACACUUUGGAGGAAUUGUGGAUAUCAUAUAAUAAUAUCGAAAAGUUAAAGGGAAUUGGUGUUUUGAAAAAGUUGAAGGUGUUAUACAUGUCUAACAACUUGGUCAAAGCAUGGGAAGAAUUUCAAAAACUGGCUGAACUAUCUUCACUGGCAGAUCUUGUUUUCGUCGGUAACCCAUUGGAGGAAAAACAUUCAGCUGAAGGAGACUGGAGAGAGCUUGCUACAACAAAACUACCAAAGCUUAAAAAGUUAGAUGGAAUGUCGGGGAUUGUUAGGAGUUCUAAAAUAUCUAAAUGUCUGGAAAACAUCAGAAAAGUAUUCCUGUUGUUCGGCAGGAAGAAGACGACGAGUAGAAUUUUUAGCAAACUAGACUUUGUGAUGUGUCUGUAAUAAUAAGAUUACUUUUGUUGUCGAAUUUGAUUUGACAGUGGCAUUUUGUAAAUAAAUUGCGGUUUAUACUACAACCUCGUUCCCGGGCCUUUUGCCUUUUAGACAUCGAGGCCGUCAAGUAAGCGCUAGCGGCUUUAACAUAGGCAACAAACUCUGGGGACGAAAAUGGUUUAUUCUAUACAUAACCAGAAUUUCUAAAAAAUGCGAAUCAGCUCAUCAUCAUCUUGUGCUAUUUCCGUCCACAAUCAUUGGGAAAUAAUACUUGACUGCGCAUGCGCCAACGUUAUUGUUGAAUUCCAAAGUUUAUAUUUGUGCAUAUAUUUUUCUAUAUUAUAGAUUACUAAUAUAUUGUUGUAAUAUAUUCAUGUUUUAAAAGUAUAUUUAUUAAA